AUGUACGCCGCUUUCCUGAAGCCGGCGUUCCAGCUGCCGCCCAAGUACGGGCUGUUCCUGGGCGCUUGGCUGUUCCUGUGCUCGCACAAGAACUCGCCGCUGCCCGGCACGCGCGAGAUCGACCUAGAGGAGUGGGUCGCCACGCCCACAGAGUACACGGUGCACCCAAGCAACCACCCCAAGCUGUUCAGCCGCGCCCCCGGCGACUCUAACGUGGUCAACGCCCGCGAGGAGCUCUACGCCAAGCACGGCCGCGUCGACGGGGCCCCCGCCCACGGCCAUGGCCAUCACUGA